ACAAACAAAGUGAAAUUAAAAUCGAGUCCAAUGGCUGACACGGCACCACCACAUCAAAAUGUUGUCACAGUGGCUGUGCCUCCAGUUGAAGGAACGUAUUUAUAUGUUGCUGUCAAGGGAUCAUUACAUGCUACCGACUCAUCAGUAUUUGGAUUAGAUCGCGACGAAGCGGCUGCAUUGGCGAAACGAUUUUCUAACACAUCGAUUGGAAUCGUGAACGGAGUAUCGAUCAAGGGCAGCCCAAUGGCUGUUAUUAAUUCGUUGGGUCAGUUGGGCUAUAAAGUGGUUUGUUCGACUGGUGAAACAGAAGUUAUAUGGACAUUGGCACGCGAAGUUUAAAGUUCCGUUGUCGAUAAUUUGCAAAUGUUAAGUGGCUUUCUGGACUAAAAUUUUUUUCGUUUUCUUUUUUUAUCGUAAAAUUAAUUUUUCCGGUUUCUAAUUGCGUUGGAUUUCUUAGUCAUUAUUAUUUUUUAAACUAAAAUCAGCAUUUCGUAUUCUUCUAACGCAAUUUGUUAAAAAGCUCUUGUAAAAACUAAAAUAAAAUCUAAAAAAAAAAUGAGUGAACAUAAACAUGAGAAUGGUGUCUGCAAAUGUAAAUCAAGUGUCGCCGCCCAGUCGUUAACUGAAAUGGAUUUUGAUCGAGGAAUUUGGUCUGCUGCUUUAUACAACGACAUUGCCCGCUUAAAAGAACUAAUAAACCGAGAACAUACAAACAAUCAAGAUGAAACUGGCUACACUGCCCUACAUUAUGCAGCUCGUAACAAUAACAUCACGGCCUGUCAACUAUUAAUUGAAGCAAACGCAAAUGUUAAUGCAGAAACAAAGGGUGGUGUAACUCCACUUCAACGAGCUGCAAUGAUGGGUCACUUGGACGUGGUUAAGCUUUUGCUGAGCCACCGAGCCAACGUUACGGUUCAAGAUAGUGAUGGAAAUACGGCGGCACAUCGGGCGGGUCAAAAUGGACAUAGUAAUAUUGUUGAAUUAUUGAUUAAAAGUGAUAAGAAUCUUGAAAAAUGUUUGAAUAAUAGGGGGCAGACACCAUUAGAUGUUAACGGAAAGUAAAUUUUAAUUUAGUCAGCAGACUCAGUU